AUGAAAUGCUUUACAAGAUUACCGGUGCUACUUCAAAGAGGACAAAGGUUACCGUUUCGUUCGCAUAAUUUGAUAGCGGUUAAGAUUGCGCAACCGAUGUCUGAAACGAAAAUGGCAAAAACUGUACCUGUUAGUUAUAACUCGAAAGUAGAUCCGUCAUCGGCAACGGUUGAAAACCACAAUGAUCAUACUGAAAACAUUUUUACUGAAGGGUUGGUGAAAAUACAACUAAGAUCGCCGACUGGUACAUUUUAUAAUCCAGUGCAAGAGUUCAAUCGUGAUUUAACAGUUCUAGUACUUAGGCAAUUUGUAGAGGACCGUAUUGCGACACUGAAAGCAGAAGAUGACUUGAGUAGUAGCUCUCCGAAGCCGAAAAAAAGGAAAAAAUUGUUUGUCGAGAGAGAGGGAUUAGGGGGUUGUGAAGGAAGAAGGUAA